AUGGCUACUGCAAAAGCUCUUGAACCUGCAUUCCAGGGAGUUGGUUCUAAACCAGGGCUUGAGAUAUGGAGAAUUGAAAACUUUCAACCAGUUCCUUUGCCAAAAUCAGAUUAUGGUAGAUUCUACAUGGGUGAUUCAUACGUUGUUUUGCGGACUUCUAAUGGAAGAGGAGGUGCUUAUGGGUACGACAUACACUUCUGGUUGGGAAAAGAUACAAGCAAUGAUGAAGCUGGAACAGCUGCAAUAAAAACAGUUGAGCUUGAUGCGAUUCUUGGAGGGCGUGCAGUGCAACAUAGAGAGAUUCAAAGUCAUGAAUCUGAUAAAUUCUUGUCAUAUUUCAAACCAUGUAUUGUGCCACUUGAAGGUGGUGUUGCAACUGGAUUCAAGAAACCCGAAGAAAUGGAAUUCGAAACAAGAUUGUAUAUAUGCAAAGGGAAAAGAGUUGUUCAUGUGAAACAGAUUCAAUUCUCUCGAUCUUUGUUGAAUCAUGAUGAUGUGUUUAUCUUGGAUACUAAAGAGAAGAUCUUUCAAUUCAAUGGAGCAAACUCGAAUAUUCAAGAAAGAGCUAAAGCUUUAGAGGUUAUUCAGUAUUUGAAGGACACUUAUCAUGAGGGAACAUGCAAUGUUGCAAUUGUUGAUGAUGGGAAACUACAAGCGGAAGGUGAUUCGGGUGAAUUUUGGGUUAUCUUUGGAGGGUUUGCUCCUAUUGGAAAGAAGGUUCUUGGUGAUGAUGAUAUAGUUCUAGACAGGACACCUGGCAAACUUUUUAACAUUGGUGGAUCAGAGGUGAAGGAUGAAAUUACAGGAUUUACGAAAUCGACCCUGGAAAACGACAAAUGUUAUCUAAUGGACUGUGGGGCGGAGGUUUUCGUGUGGGUUGGUAGAGCAACACAAGUUGACGGUAGAAAAGCUGCGAUGCAGGGUGCUGAGGAGUAUAUCACUGCUCAUGGUCGACCAAAAUCCACCCUUGUAACCCGGUUAAUUCAAGGUUAUGAGACGGUUGCAUUCAAGACUAAUUUUGAGUCAUGGCCAUCGGCAGCUGCACCUCAAGCAGAGAAUAGAGGAAAAGUAACAGCGCUGUUGAAGCAACAAGGUGUUGGCCCAAAAGGAAAAGACAAAAAUGCUCCGGUAGCCGAGGAAGUACCUCCUCUGCUUAAAUCAGGCGGAAAACUUGAGGUGUGGACUAUCGACGGCGGUGCUAAAAAGGCGGUUGCACAUGAGGACUUCGGUAAAUUCUACAGUGGCGAUUGCUACAUUGUCCUUUACAGUUACCAUACUGGAGAAAAGAAGGAAGAAUUUUAUCUUUGCUAUUGGAUUGGAAAGGAUAGCACAGAGGAGGAUCAGAAUACAGCUGCUAAAUUGACUACAUCGAUGUUCAAUUCACUGAAGGCGAGACCUGUUCAAGGUCGUAUCUAUCAAGAGAAAGAACCACCACAAUUUAUCGCUAUAUUCCAGCCGAUGGUUGUUUUCAAGGGCGGAUUGAGUUCUAGCUAUAAAAGCUCCAUUGCAGACCAAACUGACGAAACCUACAGUCCAGAUUCUAAUUUUAUUAUCCGGAUAUUGGGAACUGCAGUGCAUAAUAAUAAAGCUGUUCAACUUGAUUUUGUGCCGGAAUCUUUGAAUUCAUAUGAAUGCUUUGUUAUACAAUCUGGUUCCCAUGUAUAUAUCUGGCAAGGAACUCAGAGUACUUUUGAACAGCAAGAAUGGGCAGCUAAAAUUGCUGAUUUUUUGAAGCAUGGUGUAAAAGCAAAAUUCCAAAAUGAAGGAACAGAAAGCUCAACUUUCUGGCUUGGAUUUGGAGGGAAACAAAGUUUCACUAGCACCAAAGUAUCACUGGAGACUUUUAGAGAUCCUCACUUGUUUGCAUUCUCACUCAUUAAAGGAAAGUUUGAGAUCGAAGAAGUUUACAACUUUGAUCAAGAUGACCUGUUGCCAGAGGAUAUCUUGAUAUUAGAUACACAUGCUGAGGUGUUAGUUUGGGCUGGUCAAGCGGUUGACUCAAGGGAGAAGAAAAAUGCUCUUGACCUUGGCCAGAAAUACAUAGAAUGGGCCGGAUCUCUUGAUGGAUUGUCGCCACAUGUGCCAUUAUACAAAGUAAUGGAAGGAAAUGAACCUUGUUUCUUCACAACAUAUUUCUCAUGGGAUCCUUCUAAACCAUUAAUUCAUGGGAACUCAUUCGAGAAGAAGAUUUCAAUACUGUUUGGAGCAGGCCAUGCUGGAGAGGGAAAUCAAGGUGGUGGGCACACUCAAAGGGCUUCAGCCCUGGCGGCGUUGAACUCGGCUUUCCAACCAGGAGGUGGAGGAGGCGGCGGCGGUGGUGGUAGUUCGGUAAAAGGAUCAAGUGGGGGAGGGGGAUCACAGAGAAGAGCUGCAGUUGCUGCAUUAUCAGGUGUUCUUACUGAUGUGCCUGUUAAUGAACCCUCUCCUGACGCCUCACCCGAAGCACCUGAACCUGAACCUGAACCCCCUGCAGAACCUGAACCGGUUCCUGAAGAAGAUGAUUCAGAACCAAAGGUAGAAAUCGAGGAGGACGAAAAUGGUAUUUUAUCUAGUCCAUCCACUUUCACCUAUGACCAAGUCAGGGUUAAGUCCGAGAACCCCGUUCCUGGCAUCGACCUUAAGAGACGAGAGGCUUAUCUUUCUGUGGAAGAAUUUGAGUCUGUGCUGGGGAUGACGAAAGCGGAUUUCUAUAAAUUGCCAAAAUGGAAGCAAGAUGUGACAAAGAAAAAAGUUGAGCUAUUCUAGAAAAUAAAUAAGUCAUGAGGUUGAAACCAAGUAAUAAAGAUUAAAGACCACUCUUUUUUUCUAAAUAUAUCAAUCAAUAAUGAUUAAUUGUUUACAGUUUGUUUUGGC